CUAAUAAUUUGUCAUUUCUCAAAACUUCAAAAUUUUAAGUGUCACAAAAUAUGUUAAAAAUUACAGUUUUUCUAAUAUCAAUUUAUGUCCUCUACAUACAAUGCCCAAAUCCGGAAGCUAACGAUAGUACCUAUGAAGUUCCUUGUAAUGCCAAAUAUCCAUUUGGCGAUGAGCAACAAUUCAAUUAUGACGUAUUAGAGAAUAGCACUAAAAAUAUUCAUUGCACUGAUGGAAAGGAUUUGAACGAUAUUCAUGGAAAAUGUCCUCCUUCCACUGCAACAAAUGAAAGUGUAUUGGAUCCGUACAUAUUCUGUCCAGAUUUUCCGGUAAUCCCGCCUCCCCACGAAAUAAUAUUCAGUUCAAGUAAUCAACCUUCCCCUGAAGUUCAGUGUAAAAAGUGUGAUUUGAGGUUGACACCUGAUAAUACAGCAGUUAUACUCGAAUGUUUUCAAUGUUUUGAUAUUCCAUCUAUCAAUAGACCAGCGAACAGAACUGAGAGAAAUAUCCUGUACAAAGUAUAUUUUAUUCAAAUCUCGAAUUAUUCAAGCGUGGAGAUAACUGGAAGAGAAUAUUUUGAGUAAAAUUGAAAAUUCAACAGAUUGGAUUUUGAAUACAUGUCAAUUGUCAAAUUACGCGCAACAAUCUUGUGAUAUUUGAGGUUAUGUUCAUUGUGCCGUUCCCAAAAAGUUUUGGUCUCCAUACAGCCUUAUAAAUAGGAUUCGUUCUUUUGCAAGUAAAUAUGCUCGAAUAACAAUCCAAUAAUGUGGUCCAGAAACAUAACUUCAUAUUUGAAACCGAACUGCGCGAGAGGUCUGCAACGGAAAUAUUCCAACAUUGCCAAGACAAAAGCUCUCCAAGAAACUUCAGAUGUGCACAGUUUUAGCCUCGGAGAAAAAUACCAUGGCUUCGUGGUCAAACAAAUCCAAGAGAUACCAGAGUUCAGAAUAACGGCCAUUUAUAUGCUGCACGAAAAGACGCAAGCUCCCUAUUUGCAUUUGUUCCGCGAAGACAGUAACAAUGUCUUCUCGGUAAAUUUUCGAACGACGCCUUUGAACAGUACCGGACUGCCGCAUAUCUUGGAACACACUGUAUUAUGCGGGUCGGAGCUCUUUCCUGUAAGAGAUCCUUUUUUCAAAAUGCUCAACAGAUCUCUAUCAACGUUCAUGAAUGCCAUGACUGGAUCAGAUUACACCAUGUACCCGUUCAGCACUCAGAACUACUCUGAUUACAAAAACCUGCAAAAGAUAUACCUAGACGCAGUGUUCAGGCCACAGCUGAAGGAGUUGGAUUUUAUGCAGGAGGGGUGGAGGUUAGAACAUUCCGAUCCGAAUAACAUCAAGAGUGAUAUAGUCAUAAAGGGAGUGGUUUUCAAUGAAAUGAAGGGCGUGUUCUCAGAGAACGACAACAUUCUAGGUCAGAAGCUGCAGAAUCUUAUUUUACCUGAUCAUACUUACGGCGUUAUAUCUGGGGGCGACCCUAAAGAAAUCCCCGACCUGACUUGGAACGAUCUGAAAAAGUUCCACUUGGAACACUACCAUCCAAGCAACUCGAGGAUCUACUCUUACGGUAACUUUCCGCUGCUGCCAUCUUUGGAGUACAUUGAUAGCGAGUACUUCAGCAAAUACGCCAACUCGCCUCCUACGCAUACGAAGGUGCCUAAGCAGAAACGGUGGAAGGAUCCGAAAAAGGAACAUAUACCUUGCAGGUUUGACAACAUGGGUGAGCCCUUAGAAAAGCAGAACUCAAUUUCGCUUUCCCUAUUACUUUCUGAUAACACAAAUGUUGCUGAAACAUUCCUUAUGCAAUUUUUGACGGAGCUGUUGAUCAAAGGGCCCAAUUCGCCAUUCUACAAGUCCAUGAUCGAGCCUAACUUUUCAGGAGGGUUCACUUCUUCGACAGGUUUUGACAGUCAGCCCAGGGACUGCAUCUUCACCAUAGGCUUACAGGGGGUGAAGCAGGAGGAUUUUGAGAAAGUGACUAAUAUUUUUAACGAAACUAUAGAUGAUGUUAUUAAAAAUGGUUUCGAACCGCAUCAUAUCGAAUCUGUUUUGCACCGUUAUGAACUGUCCAUCAAGCAUGAAACAAACAACUUUGGUUUGAACUUGCUAUUCGGCAUCACACCUACUUGGAAUCAUUCCGAAGACGUGUUGGCUUGUUUGGAAGCUGCCAAGUUGAUGGAGAAGCUCAGGUCUGAUAUUAAGAACAAUCCCAAGUACCUGCAGGAGGUAGUUCGGAAAUACUUCAAGGAUAAUACUCACAAACUCACGUUAACCAUGUCUGCGGACAAGGAUUUUGAAGCCAAACUGGAAAAAGCUGAAAAAGAGCUGAUCAAGAAGAAGACCAAGGGGUUGUCGGAUGAUGACAAGAAGGCUAUCUACGAGAAAUGUCAGGCUUUGCAGAAGCAGCAAGCGGAACCUGCAAAAACGGAACUUUUACCUACUCUGGUUAUAGACGAUAUCAACUCCGAGGUAGAGAAAGUCGAUAAGGUGCAAGUCACAUUAAACAAUGUUCAAACUCAGAUCAACAAAGUCAACUCUAAUGGAAUAGUGUAUUUCAAAGCGCUAAUCAACACCAACGAGUUGUCACCCGAGCAGCAGAUGCUGCUUCCCCUCUUCUGCUACGUCAUCAACAAGCUGGGAACAAACAAGCUAAACUACAGGGAAUUUGACAGCCUUAUGAGUCGAAAAACUGCCGGGCUAAGUUUUACUAAUCACAUCGGCGAGAGCCUGUUCCAUCUCCACACCUACGAACCGGGCCUUUUUAUUUCCAGUUACUGUCUAGAGAAGAAUUGUGACAGUAUGUGGGAUAUUUGGAAUCAAAUAUUCAAUAUAAGCGAGUUGAAGGAUGUUCAGCGUUUCCAGAUGUUGGUCCAGCUUUACAUGGCAAACUUGACGCAUGGGAUUGUGGAUUCAGGGCACGUGUACGCAAUGCAAGCAGCUUCAAGUCUGGUGUCUGGAUCGGCUUAUCAGGUCGAGCUACUUUCUGGCUUGCAUCACAUCACGUACAUGAAGAGGUUGAUGAACACGUCAAAUUACAAGGCGAUGCUGGAUGAGAUUGUGAAUAUCGCGAGGAUAUUAUUCGACAAGAAGAAAAUGAGGGUAGCUUUGAACAUAUCUCCAGAAAACCGCUCUAAUAUACUGCACUCGUUCGAGAACUUCAUCAACAAACUUCCUGAAGCGACAAAUACCUUACAUCCAGAGUCAGAAUCAACUUACGUAACCGGAAAAGUAUGGGCUCCCACAGACGCAGUCAACUGUCAACAUCAUGUUCUAAACGUGCCCAUCAACUACUGCAGCAAGGCUAUCCUAACCGCUCCUUACACACACAAGGAUUACGCCAAGCUUAGAGUACUCGCUAGGCUACUAUCCUCAAAGUACCUCCACCCUGAGUUGAGGGAGCGGCAAGGGGCAUACGGUGGGGGUGCCAGGAUUAUGCCAGAUGGGGUGUUCUCGUUCUUCAGCUACAGAGACCCCCGUAGCUUGGAAACAUUGGACGUGUUUGAUAACUCUUACAAGUGGAUUCAAAAUGAGAUGAAGAACAUUACGGAGCAAGAUAUUUUUGAAGCGAAGCUGGGUGUUUUUCAAGCUGUAGACGCGCCGGUGCCCCCCAGCUCUAAAGGUUCAGAGGAGUUUUUGAAGAGGUUGACACCGGAUAUUAAGCAGCGGCACAGAGCUGAGCUGAUGAGCGUUGAAAAGGAUGGACUGAAGAUGGUGGCAGAAAAGUAUUUGGGACUCUCGAACGUCCUAAAUAGUGGAAAAGUCAUUAUUGGGCCGAAAAAUGAUAAGGUGGAUCUGGGAAAGAGAGAUAAUGAGAUGUGGACUGUAAUGGAUACUGCUUCUUAAGUUUUCUGUUAAUUUAUUCAUAGAUUUAAUGAUUAUCCAAAUAGACACUUCGUUUUGUUAUUUUUAUUUGAGACUGUUACAAAUAAAUGCUUUAUUUAUACAAGAACUUCAA